CAACAGCACUCAGCUGCUGUGCAGCAAACUAGCUGGCCUAGUGACUGAAUACCGGACAGUUUUUUAAUUUAGGGAUCUGUAUACGUUGCUUUACAGUUAGUAAUAAUGUAUUAUAUAAAGCUUAUUCAAUAAAAUCAUCAACAGUGCGCAGUAAUUAGGUUUAAUUUGAAACUCCUUUGUCUCCUGUAUGCUAACUUCUAAUAAGUGUAGGUUAGCUUUCAAAGGGAGGCCGGGAGGGACCCUGUUCGACUAAAAGGCCACAGGUAUUUAUGACAAAGCCAGACCACAAGACAGCCCGCUGGAGACUCUGACCUCCACCAAUGGCCACCAGUAUUAUUUCCUCAUCUGUCAUCAUGUCACCACGAAAAAGACACCUGGUCCCUGUAAGCAGCCGGCGGAAAACAGUGGACGACUACUUUCCUUUCAACUUUCUGCCGGUGGAGUGCCAGCUGCACAUCUUUUCCUUUCUGAAUGAGGUGGAUAAAUGCAGCUGUGCUUUGGUUUGCUUGAGCUGGAGCUGCAUCGUCCGCUCCUGGAAGCUGUGGCGGGUGGCAGACUAUUCCCGUCGCGGCGUCUUCCACCUGGGUCAGGAGGGGCUGCUUGUUUCAAAUCGUGAGUUCGAGAGGUGGAAAUCCUGGGUCCACCAUUACACCCACCACCUCAUCUCACGCAGAGCCAGCCUGCUCACACUGAAGGCCAGCUUCGACCUGGGGGAUCACUGCAACAAGUGGGGCGAGCUUCUGAGUCAUCUGCUGGAUAAUGUCCAUUGCAGGGACCUCAGCCACCUGGACCUUAACUGGACCUUUACUCUGCUUGAGCCGCUGGACCUCAGGGUUCACUCCAGCUCCAGUUCGCACCAGGACAGCAUUACCAAGAUGGACCAGCUGACCAGUUUCCAGGAGCUGCUGACCAAACUCACCCACAGCUGCCCACGCAUCUCUAAAAUGCGGCUACACUUCGACUGGUCGGAUGUCUCUGUGUCGCUGCUCACCCAGUUCCAGCAGCUCAGAGUCCUCGAGCUUAAAUAUUUCUGGGUCUUUAAAGGAGUGACUCCAUCGACUCUGCAGACCCUAACCAAAUCCCUGCCUAACCUGAAGUCUCUGACUUUACACAUCCUGGUGCCAAUGAGGAACCUGGGCAUCUCAUACACUCUGGAGUCUCAAUCACUGGAGUUCCUGGACGUGUCGCCCAGCCGAGGCUUGGUCUUCUCCUGCCUGAAACUUCCUGCCCUGCGCGAGCUUCAAGCCAAGAAGAUCGUCCGCAGCAUUACACUGGACCGAAGGACCAGGCUGAGGAUCCAGAGGCGGUGGCCCUGCCUGUACCAAGUCCUCCGGGAGGGGACGCCGAAGCUCCAGGCUCUCAACAAUGAGAGGCUACUCCCCACGUGGAGAGAGGAGAGCUAUGGGGAGCUGUCUGCCAUCCUCGAACAGUCCUGUUACUGUGUUCAGCAUCUAGACAGCUGGUUGUGGUAGCCAACUGUGUGACAUUCAAGCACGUUCAGUAGCUCGUCAUUGACUGGUAGAAAGCAACAUGUUGCUUUUACACCCACCUUAUUUGUCCCCAUAUGAAUGAAUGUACUCAGAGGGACUUACAGUUGCACAUAUUUGCAGAAAAAACUAGGACUUGAAGUAAAAUCAAAGGACUGCAAGUUGUUUCCAAUUCUUUAACAAGGAACUGCAGUUACAGUUGGAAACACUUUCCCAACACAAUGAUACACUGUUUUAUUAUCAACCAACUAGGACUGUUUUACUUUGUUUGUCCAUUAUCUUCUGUAAGCAGCAGUGCUUUGUGCUGAUUGCACUGUGUUGUGCUGGCUUCAAUUAAUUUCCACUAGAGCUCUGCGCUGGAAAAAAUGAACACACAGCUGUACCUGAGCCAAGUGUGCACGGCCCAUCAAAAGAAGACUAGAUCACAAAGUGUAAUGCCUACUUAGCCUGUUGAAAUAGAAACCUAUGAGGAGUACAGGGGCCACUGUUCAGGAAAAAAAAUUGCACCUUGGAAAUGAGAAAAAGAAUGAGAAGAAGCUCCAACAUGUCAAGAACAAAAUCCUGGUUGUAUUUUAAGAAACGUCUUUUGUUAUGAGAGAGGGAAAAAGUCACCCUAUUUCAAGUUAAAAUCUUUAAAUAUUAUGAUGUUGGCUCGAAAUAUUAUAGUUCUCAAAAUAUUUAACCUUUAUUCUCUGUAUCACAUUGCCCAGAAUAUUGCUUUGUCAGCUGUAGAAAACUGACACUAACUGUACUGUAAAUGUAACUAUUGUUAUUAUUUUGGUUAUUGGUUGAAUUCAGUUGAUUCAUCCUCAGAAACAGUCGUCUACUGUUGCUGUUUGAUAAGACUUUGAUGGGCUGGACUGUAGAGAAAUUGAGCCCUUGAUGAGCCAAAUGGCAGACAAGGUCUACUGUGCACACGCAGUACAGAUUUCAGAUUGAAUUUAAACUGAUCAUAUGCUCAUAGAAUACGUUAAUUAAUUGUAGUCUAAACACAUUCGAACGACUGAUAUUUUAGUAAUCUGAUCUGUGGCAAGUGAAGACAUGGUGCAGGACCAAAAAGCUUCUCAGUAGUCAUGGGUAGUGACCCUGGGUCAGUAGGACCAAGUCCUGUAGACAGUCUCCUUUUAAAUAAAAAGCCAAGCUGGUUCUGUAUAGCCACUCUGACUUGGCUGCUAAAUACUAGGCAACAUCAGAUUGGCAGUAUUAAGGUGGUGCAGCGCUAAUCUCAGCCUGUCAGGAAUGCAGCACAGAUGAAGGGGGGUUCAUUUCAGUGCUGGACCAGAGUGUGCCCAACUUUUCUUUUCUGGAGUGCUCCUGUUGUUUUAUUGUUAAUGUGUAUGAAGUGUUUUUCAUUGUGUGUGUUUCUUCUAAAGCAGAGAGAGAGAGAUAAUGUAACAAUUUGUCACAACCCUGAUUCCGUUGUGAAGUUGGGCGCUGUGCAAAAUGUAGCUAAAAACAGAGUGUAAUCAUUUGCAGGCGAAUUGUGUUAACCAUUAACAGUUAUACAAAGUGUUCCUGAGCCCAUGCAGUAACAUCAAUUAUACAAUCAUGUGUUCACAAAGUGGUGAACCUCGCUCCAUCCUUGCUGGAGAACAACUGAGUCUUUCCAGGAUGCUCCUUUCA